AGUUUGAGGGGAGUACAGUCCUAAAGGCACUACUAGUAGUCAUUUCCUGUGCUCUGAAAUGGAGCAACUUCCAAAGCGUCAAACCCUCGCGCUUCGACAACAGCUAAUUGGACCGUCGACUCAAUUAUUUUUCCGAAAGGAUCCACUAAAAAUAAUCAAGGCCAAGGACCAAUAUAUGUACGACGAAAGGGGAAGUUCUUAUCUAGAUUGCAUUAACAACGUAGCACACGUGGGCCACUGCAAUCCCGUUGUGGUCAAUGCUGCUGUGGACCAAAUGACCUCACUGAAUACCAACAGCCGAUUCUUGCAUGACAAUAUCGUGCUGUGUGCUCAAAAAAUCGUGAGCACCCUCACAAAUAAUCUUACCGUUUGUUUCUUUGUAAACUCAGGAUCCGAAGCUAACGACUUGGCAAUACGGCUUGCCAAGACGCAUACGGGGAACGAGGACAUUAUUGCAUUGGAACACGCUUACCAUGGACAUUUGAAUUCCCUGAUUGAUAUUUCCCAUUACAAAUUUAGUCAUCUGGUCGAUGGGAAAAAAGACCAUGUUCAUGUGGCUCCGUGUCCCGACUCUUAUCGCGGAAAAUACCGCGAUACCGAUUACUCCCCAGAAGAACUAGGCCAUAUUUACGCUGAGGAGGUGAACAACCUAUGCAACAAAGUCGUGAGCAAAAACAAAAAGGUUGCGGCUUUUAUAGCGGAAAGUUUUUUGAGUUGCGGUGGUCAAGUUAUACCGCCCAAAAAUUAUUUCAAGAAAGUGUACGAACACGUGCGAAAAGCUGGAGGCGUCUGCAUCGCCGACGAAGUUCAAGUCGGUUUUGGGAGAAUCGGAAAACACUGGUGGGCUUUCCAGGAGUACGAUGUCGAGCCUGACAUUGUGACGAUGGGAAAAUCAAUGGGUAACGGCCAUCCAGUCGCGUGUGUUGUAACAACGAGAGAAAUAGCUGAUAAUUUCUUUAAAACAGGAGUCGAAUACUUUAACACGUAUGGAGGCAACCCGGUAUCCUGCGCCAUUGCCAAUGCCGUACUGGAUGUGCUAGUUAAGCAAAAUAUGAGAGAACAUGCCUUAAUCGUGGGCGAAUAUUUAUUAGACUGCUGCCACAUACUGUCGAAGAAACACAAAUAUAUAGGGAACGUUCGUGGAGUCGGUCUAUUCGUCGGUAUUGAUUUAAUUAAGGACCCGAUAACGAGGGAGGCAAACAAAGAGUGUGCUGAUUUUGUGCUUCAGAGAAUGCGAGAGGAACAUAUUUUGGUCAGCGCCGACGGGCCGGAGUGCAACAUCAUCAAGUUCAAACCUCCGAUGGUGUUCACUAAAGAAAAUGUCGAUGAAGUGGUAUCGGUGUUAGAUCGUGUGCUCAAAGAAUACAAAUACAAAGCGGAAGCUGAAUUAUCCAUCAGCCAACCAAUUAUCGAUCACGCGGCGAUUAAUGGGAAUCUAAUACCCCAGAAAGAAGCCCGUCCUAGGAGAAAACUAUUAGAUGAUAACGUAAAAUCUAUUUAAUUAUUCGAAACUAUAUUAGUUUGUUGUCAUUGUUUUGAACUAUAUUAGUUUAUUCAAAAGAAAAGAUUUAUAAAUUUAUUUUUAGUAGUUUUUGAUAUUAUUAUUGUUAAUAACGUGUUAUUCGUUUAUGUUAUUAAACAUUUGGAGUGUUAGUAGUAUCCAGUUUCCUGUAGAAUUAUGGAUAACCGAUUCACCGCAGAUCUAAAUCUCACCGAGCUUAAAUAUUUUUAAAUAGCCGAUUGUCCAUCCGGCAAACGAGGCCGAGCAGUCAAAUCUCUUUCUGAUUGCUUAAGAAACAGCUAUCCAACAUUAAGCUUACUAUACCUGCAAAAAUGUUUUAAUAAUAUAAUAAAAUUACUUAUAAAAUAUAAAAAAACUGCAGAAAUCGCAAUGAUCAUAUAUUAAUCUAACUAAACAAACGUGUAUCUAUUUUCUUUAGAAAUAUGCACUUAUUUUUGGUAUAAAGGGACGAUGACAUUUCCAAACGUUUCUUAACUUUUUGUGAUACUUUAUCAUAUUUUUUUAUGCCAUUAACAAAUACUGAGGUAGUUAUUCGAUAUACCGUUAUUAUGGUUUCGACUUCGGAAUGACUUUAAGAACCGCCUGUUGUAAAGCGGAAGGGACCAUUCUCUGCAGCACGUCUACCACAAGCCAGUGCGGUAUUUAAGAUGUUAGCCGACAAGAACUAUGCCGUGCGGACUGUUGUUUCUUAAGAGUAGUGAAAUUUUCUUUGAUUAAACUGUGACAUUAAUUAAAGUGUGCUUUUUAUAAAUCUUCUUAUAAUAGUAUCUAAUUAACUUAGCUCGAUGUCAAGUUGAAUUUACCCAUUAGAUACGUUGAUCUCCUAUAUUAAAAACACAUUAGAAAGUUUAAACUGAUUUCGACUUUAAGGGUUUAACGUAAUGACACUAAAAUAUUUUUCUAGGAAAGCAAUACAAAAUCUUAUAUAGAUAAUUGAUUUUUUAAUGCAUGUUUUCCCACUUUGCUAUCGGUUGAUUUGUGGGGGCUGGUGAAACCGAAGUAUACUGUCAGUUUUAUGACAUAGUUUUUUCUUAGCAUCAGAGUUAUUUCUAUUCCGUUUUGUGUUUGUAAUUAGU